AUGGCCAAGCGGAGUUGGACAAUGUAUUGUGGUGUCGAUGUCAACUUCGGCUUCAGACGAUACAACUACCCGAUGAGUUACAAUGAGAUAUUGAGCUCACUAGGGGAGGAGAACCAGACUCUUGAUGACGAAUUGAUCCAGAAAACCAUCAAGAACUUUACGAACCAGUGGCGUGUAGAUUGGACAAAGGACGACAUCAUCGGCUGGCUCAUGAAACUCGAGUAG